UUAAAGGAGAGCGGCUCUCAGGCCCGGGGUCUGGGACGCGCGUGCAGAGCGUAGAGCCGGGCGGAGCCGCUACCCGCGCCACACAAUUCCCGCAGCCGCCGUGCCCGUGCCACAGGCCGGGGUCACUGAGGCCGCCACAGCCGAGCGUAAAGGUGGGACCGAGACAGUGCCUUUCCCUCGCACUGCGCCAACAUGCCCCGCGGCUUCCUAGUGAAGCGCAGCAAGAAAUCCACUCCGGUGUCCUACCGGGUCCGCAGCGGUGAGGACCGCGACCGCACACACCUGCUCUCGCCGGGAUGCCGGGGCGCUCGCUCCGAGCCCCCUGUGCCGAGCCCGGGCCCGAGUCCACUGCGGCAGCCACAGCCACAGCCCACGGAGCGCGCCCAGGCGGCGCUCGCCUCCUGUCUCUCUUGCGCGCCCGGCCAGCUGCCACCCCAGCCUGGCCCGCCGGCCGCGCACUUCGGCAACCCCGAGGCCGCGCACCCCGCGCCGCUCUACAGCCCCACUCGGCCAGUGAGCCGCGAGCACGAGAAGCACAAGUACUUCGAGCGCAGCUUCAACCUCGGCUCACCGGUCUCGGCUGAGUCCUUCCCCACGCCCGCUGCGCUGCUCGGAGGUGGCGGUGGUAGUGGGGGGAACGGUGCUGGAGGCAGCGGCACCUGCAGCGGCGACUCGCUGUUCUUUGCGCCCGCGGAGCUCAAGAUGGGCACCGCAUACUCAGCGGGCACCGAGGUGGCCCGUGGCCCGGUGCCCGGCCCUCCGCUGCCCCCCGCCGCCUCCCUGAGGUCCCCGGGCAAGCGGCCCGCGCCCUCCGCAGCCGCCCCGGAGCCUCCCGUCAAGGUGGCCAAGGCUCCGGGCGCCAAGAAGCCCAAAGCCAUCCGCAAGCUGCACUUCGAGGACGAGGUUACCACGUCGCCUGUUCUCGGGCUGAAGAUCAAGGAGGGCCCGGUGGAAGCUCCGCGGGGCCGCGCGGGGGGCGCGGCGCGGCCACUGGGCGAGUUCAUCUGCCAGCUCUGCAAGGAGGAGUACGCGGACCCGUUCGCGCUGGCGCAGCACAAGUGCUCUCGAAUCGUGCGCGUGGAGUACCGCUGUCCCGAGUGCGCCAAGGUCUUCAGCUGCCCCGCCAACCUGGCCUCCCACCGCCGCUGGCACAAACCGCGCCCUGCGCCCGCCGCCCGUGCGUCAGAGUCCGAAACCGCUGCCAGGGCUGAGACGCGGGAGGCGACCGGCGGCGGCAGUGACCGCGACACGCCGAGCCCGGGUGGCGUGUCGGAGUCAGGUUCGGAGGACGGGCUCUACGAGUGCCAUCACUGCGCUAAGAAGUUCCGCCGCCAAGCCUAUCUGCGCAAGCACCUGCUGGCGCACCACCAGGCGCUGCAGGCCAGGGGCACGCCGCCCGCGGCCCCGCGGGAGGACGUAUUGGCCUUGUACCCCGGGCCGGAAGAGAAGGCGCUGCAGGAGGAGGCCGGAGACGGUGAGGCAGCCGGUGUGCUGGGCUUGAGUGCCACGGCCGAGUGCCACCUGUGUCCUGUGUGCGGGGAGCCGUUCUCCAGCAAGGGCGCCCAGGAGCGCCACUUGCGCCUGCUGCACGCCGCCCAGGUGUUCCCCUGCAAGUACUGCCCCGCCACGUUCUACAGCUCGCCUGGCCUCACGCGGCACAUCAACAAGUGCCACCCGUCCGAGAACAGACAGGUGAUCCUCCUGCAGGUGCCCGUGCGUCCGGCCUGCUAGAGCGCGCCCUCCAUCCCGGCCCUCCGAACUGUGCCUUCGCUUGGAGACCCAUGAAGAGAGUGCUCCCUGCGCCCCCCGGACCCGCGUUGCACCGGGGCUCUCACCCCGGGCGAACGUGUUGUCUCCACUCCUUGUGGUGUGGCGUGACGGUAACCCCAAUUCUCUCGUUGUGACUCCUUUUGGAGACCCCUCUUUUGCGUCGUGUCCCUUUCCCCCGUGGCGCAAUAGGAGCCAGUCUCUUCUGUACAAGGGAGAAAAGCUGUACUCGUUUGUCUCGUGGUUGGAAACCUCCCCUUGGAGGGGAGAGCUGUUUUUCUUACUAGUAUUCGCUGUGUUCAUGGUCUAGAAAUGCGGUUUGCUCUCGCCUACCAAUCUCUGCUCUCUAUGUAGCGUACGGGUUGUUUUGGGUGAAUCUUGAGGAAGAAAUGCCUUUAUAUUUCACAGGCUGUAAGUUGAACUUCCCACACGAUUAGCUUUAUUAUGGCUUGUGAACUGCUGAAGUCUGGCUUUACCUUUUUGUAUGUGAACAAAUCGAAUUGCUUAAAAAAAAAGAGUUUUCUUUAGUAUAGCCACAAAUGCCUUGAACUGUUGUCUUUUUGGGAUUGUUUUUGGGGGGAGGGAAGGGAAUUUUCAGAAGAUGCUGUAGAAACUGCCUCAGUAUUUCAUGUAAGACUUUUGGGUUUGGCCGCCUUUGUUGAGUGAGGUAGGACUAUAUGAGUUCCCUCUAAAUGUAUAUGUUGAUUUAUGAGUAAUUGUUAUUUAUUCUUUAUUUAUUUAUAUUAAUUAUGAAGAUUAAGAUAUUAUUUGAUUGCGGAUCUUUUUUUUUCUUGGUGUGUGUGUUCCCCCUGCCACUCUUGACAUUUCACUGUGCAUUUUACAAGAGAGCCUUUUUCUAAAGGGAUCUGCUAAAAUUUUUAACUUUUAUACCUAUCUGAGCGCAUUAAAGACAACCUACCAUUUUAUUCUGCUUGGAGGGCCCCUGAGGCCCUGUAGGACCGAUAGCUCUUACCUUUAAAUGCAAUCUCUUUUCUACAUACAUUAUUUUCUUAAGUGUUAGCUAUUUAUAGAAAGCUUCAAUAGAACUGUUUCAACUG